CUAUCAGAGUUCGGUUGCGCGGAUUGGGAUCUUUGUUCCUUCCGCCUGCUGUGUUUGUUGCCUAGGCCUUAUCGGUUGUCUUUCCGAUACGCCUUUAGCCCUUGUGGUUAUUCGAUUUUCGUCUUCCCCUACCCUGCCCUGUCCAUCUCUCCUCUCCUUUCCUUUUUCUUCUUCCCCUUCUGAGCUUUUCCUUCUUUUCUCUCUUUUCUAUUGACGCCACCCCCCCUACUCCUGUUGUCAUCUCUUGCGAAUUUCCUCCUACUGACAACCGAUUCCUUGCCGUUACAGGAUUCAAGAGUCAUGGCCACCCAACUAGACACGUUGGACGUUCUUGUCCUUGCGGCUCUGCUUCUCGGUACCAUCGCAUACUUCACCAAAGGUUCACUAUGGGCUGUCGAAAAAGAUACUAUCACUGGAAUCUAUGGAGGCUCUAAGGCUAAUGGCGCGGCCACCAAAGGCAGCAAAACUAGGGAUAUUGUUAAGACUAUGGAAGAAUCCGAUAAGAAUAUGGUUAUCUUUUACGGUUCACAAACAGGAACAGCCGAAGAUUAUGCCUCUAGAUUGGCGAAAGAGGGCAGCGCUAGGUUUGGGUUGAAGACUAUGAUUGCGAACCUUGAGGAAUUCGACUACGAAAAUUUGGACACUCUCCCAGAAGAUAAGGUUGCAGUUUUCGUCAUGGCUACUUAUGGUGAAGGUGAACCGACUGAUAACGCUGUGGAUUUCUACGAAUUCAUCAUGGGUGACGACGUUAAUUUUACUGAGGGCGAUCGCUUGGGCAACCUUAAAUUCAUUGGCUUUGGGUUGGGCAACAACACUUAUGAACAUUUUAACGCUGUCAUCCGCCGUCUAACCGCAACUCUCUUGAAAUUGGGCGCUAAACAGAUCGGCAACAUUGGCGAAGGCGACGAUGGUACUGGUACUAUGGAAGAGGAUUUUUUGGCCUGGAAGGAACCCAUGUGGAAAGCACUUCAAGAGGAGAUGGAUUUGGAGGAGAGAGAAGCUGUCUAUGAACCUGUUUUCUCCAUUGCUGAGCGCACGGAGCUUUCGGUCGAAGACGACACUGUCUACCUUGGUGAACCCAACAAGAAUCACCUCGAAGGAGGUUCUAAGGGACCCUAUGGAGCCAACAAUCCCUUCAUUGCACCAAUCAAAUCCUCUCGUGAAAUUUUUACCGUCAAGGAUAGGAACUGCUUGCACAUGGAAAUUGAUCUUACCGGCACAAACCUUUCCUACACUACCGGUGAUCACAUCGCUGUUUGGCCUACCAACGCUGGUAAAGAGGUUGAUGGGUUUUUGAAAGUCCUCGGUCUUGAGGAGAAGAAGGAUGGCGUAAUCGAUGUUACCGGAAUCGAUUCUACUGCGAAGGUUCCGUUUCCAACACCCACCACCUAUGACGCGAUCGCCCGCUAUCAUCUCGAGAUCUGUGCUCCCGUCUCCCGUCAAUUUCUUGCGUCUCUUGCUGCUUUCGCCCCAACUCCUACUGCCAAAGAUGAACUCACAAGGCUCGGUGGUGACAAAGACUACUUCCAGGAGACAAUCUCAUCUCGGUAUCUCAACAUUGCACAGGUCUUGGAGCUCAACGCGCCUGGCGAGAUUUGGUCAAACGUCCCUUUCUCCUUGAUGGUUGAAGGACUGAAUCGUAUUCAACCACGUUAUUACUCGAUCUCAUCCUCUUCGUUGGUUCAACCGAAACUUGUUUCAAUCACUUGUCAUGGGGACCCGGAACCCGACCCACAUGGACUCAGCUACGCAAUCACUGGCCCCAGGAACAAAUAUGACGGUAUCCAUGUCCCGGUCCAUACCCGGGCGUCAAACUUCAGGCUUCCUAGUGACCCUUCCAAGCCUGUUAUCAUGAUUGGGCCCGGUACUGGUGUAGCACCCUUCAGGGCUUUUGUUCAGGAACGUGCAGCGCUUGCGGAGAAGGGCGAGAGGAUUGGAAAGACAUUGCUGUUUUUUGGUUGUAGGAAAGCUUCUGAGGAUUUCCUAUACCAAGAAGAAUGGAAGGAAUAUGCUUCAAAACUCGGAGAUUCGUUCUCACUCAUCACCGCUUUCUCACGUGACGGACCUGAGAAGGUGUACGUGCAGCACAGACUGAAAGAGCGCGCCAAAGAAGUUAAUGAGCUUUUGGCACAAGGUAGCUACUUCUAUGUUUGCGGAGACGCUGCCCACAUGGCCAGAGAGGUCAAUACCUCCCUCGGAAGCAUCAUCGCUCAGGAGAGGGGUUUGACAGAGACUCAAGGAGAGGAAAUCGUCAAGAGACUGAGAUCUAGCAAUCUAUACCAGGAGGAUGUCUGGUCAUAAUCGACUGGAAGCGGCCUCGGCACGCUAGUGCUGACGUUUCCCGACGUUUUCCAUGUUUCUCUUUUCUUUCUUUCUUUUUAGCGCUUGUUGGAGAAUUAUUUCCCCCGGCUUUCAUGUCCUUCGUUCUAUUGCCAAUAGGGAUAGACCAUGAUGAAUUUCAAUUUCCCUUCUGUUUCUUUUAAGUGCUGGUAAUUUUCUUCUUCCUUACCUUCGAAAAGUGCAUUGCGUACUUUGCAUGUCAUAAAUGAAUGUUCUUUUUUGGCUUUUGCCUAGGUAACUCUUCUAGGCUGGGGCAAUAUGAUUGUUUGGUCGGUGGGGAAUGUGGGGCGACGUACAGCACCACCUAAACGUUUGUGGAGUACUUUAGAGGGUGUGGGGAAAAAACGGCAAGGUUGUGUGUGUGUGGGCGGGUGGUUUCCCAAGAUGGUUUGAACGCAUAUGUCCGUACAAUUUACAAUAAUAUCAUAAGAUCCUUGA